AUGGAGCAACUUAUGGGUCAGCUACCGUCGGAAAGAAUUAACCGCGCUUAUCCAUUUCAACACGUCGGGGUGGAUUUUGCAGGCCCAGUGUAUAUCAAACCAUCCAAUCGCAAGGGCGCUCCAGUCAAGGCAUAUGUGGCAGUCUUCGUAUGCCUCACCGUCAAAGCAACACACCUUGAACUGGUCACCGAUCUCACUUCUGCCGCAUUCAUUGCGGCCCUACGUCGAUUCAUUGCACGCCGUGGGCUUCCGAGCGCAAUAUAUUGUGACAACGCUACUAAUUUCACAGCCGCUCAAAGGGAGCUCAAGGAACUUCGCCAGUUGUUAUUGUCGCAACAUCAUAAGAACGCCAUACAUCUCGAAGCAGCUAGUCUGAAAAUUGAAUUUCACUUCAUCCCUCCCCGCGCACCAACUUUCGGUGGCCUUUGGGAAGCGUGUGUGAAAUCAUUCAAACACCACAUGAGAAGAAUCGUCGGCAACAGCCUACUGUCCGUAGAAGCGUUCACAACAGUUUUGGCACAAAUCGAAGCCUGCCUAAAUUCUCGACCGAUAACCCCACUGUCGCCCGACCCGAGAGACCUACAGGCAUUAACCCCAGGACAUUUCCUUAUUGGACGUCCUCUGCUGGCUGUGCCUGAGCCAGAUCUCGCUGAAAUACCCGAGAACCGGCUAGAUUUAUGGCAGAAGAUCCAAUCGAUGGUACAGCACUUUUGGAAGCGAUGGCAAAAUGAAUAUUUGUCCACUUUGCAAUUACGUUACAAAUGGACGACAUCAAAUCAAAAUCUUCUUGUUGGUGCCAUCGUGCUAAUCCGCGAAGAAAAUCUACCUGUAGGAAAAUGGUCUAUGGGAAGAGUAGUGGAAAUCCAUCCAGGCGAAGACGGUCUCGUUCGAGUCGCUACAGUCAAACUACCGAACAAUCAGAAGCCGAUGAAGCGGCCUAUCACCAAGCUAUGCCUUCUCCCGAUUCAGGUGGAUGCAGCUGUCAUCGAAGGAAGUUCGUCGCCUUCCCGUUGUGAUGGUGAAAAUUGA